CGUUCCCCGUCCGAUCGUUGCGUCCAACAGCCAUUCACUCGUUUCAACCAACUACCAACACACAGUUACACAACUGCUUCGCCAACCACGAUACAACUUGACACUCGUUCAUCCAUCAACACCUACCAUGGCUCGAUCACUCGCUCUUCUCGCCUUUUCCAGCGCCGUCAUGGCUGCUCAAACCACCACCGUCUCUCUACUGCUUCCCUUUGCCGACCCCCAGAAGAUCGUCGCCUCUGUCGUCGCCGCUGAUAGCACGGCUACAACUUAUGUCUAUGGAUGCCCUCCUGGAACUCAAGCCGACGACUGCGGGUUUGAAACCAGCCAGACCAUCACUCAAGGCCCAUCCACAUGGAUUUAUACCAAUACCUACUCUGGUGACGACGGCGGCGUUUACACUCAGGGUGGCAACUGCAAGCUCACCAGCUCGGCAGACCGCGCUUCAUGCAGCGUCUGGGUCUCUGGCUCCGCAUCUGACAGUGUCAUGGCCUCUGCCAGCCAAGGCACCGAGGCCUUCCUCACCUGGGAGCUCCCCGUUACCGUCACUGCUGGUGUCGAAAAGCUCCAGGCCGCUCCCGGCGCCACUGCCACUGGCACUGAUGGUUCUACCGCUGCCCCCACCAACACCGGCGCUUCCGAGUCUUCCCAGACAACCGCUUCUACCGGCGCUGCGUCCACGACUCUUGCCAGGCAGACAACCGCUGCUAGCCACGGCAGCGGCACCCGCACAGCCUCUACUACCGCUGGGCCCACCAGCACCAACGCUGCGGGUAUUGUCAACGCUCAGAACGGUCUCUUGGCUGGUGUUGCUGCCCUUGUUGGUGGUGUCAUGAUGCUGUAAUUGAAUGGACAAGACCUUUGUUAGGUAGGAAAUGUGUUGAGAAUGUAUGAACAUGCGAACCAUGGAUAAUCUUUAAUAAGCUUUGCACAAAGCCAUUUGCCCUUUAG